CAGAAGUGAUUCUCAGUAAGGACUCGUUAUCUUGAUGUAGCUUGAAGCACAUGACGCAUAAUACAUCAUGGGUGUCCAAGCUGCUCUCGCCCUGGCCAUCGGCAUACUGGCUUUAACAUGCAGGUCACAAAAUCCGAUUCCUGAGGAUCAAGAUCCGUGUCUUGAUCCUGGGGUCCUUGCCUCAAAUUGGGUUGACGACAACAUGGUCCGGCCAAACUACGUCCCGGCAACGACCGAGGAAAGACCUAUCGUCGCUCAGAGAAUCCUCGACCAGCCCCAAACUUCAGAGACUGGUAAGUCAUAUGUGACUAGUCUGCAGCAAACAAGCGUGCUCUACAUGACGGGAGUUAUAGUAGACUUGCUGCAGGCUGACGUGCUGAAGACCGGAGCGCCUGAGGACUUGCCCCGGUCCCUCGGAACGGGAUAUAACAGUGCCAUUCUCGUCGGCGAAAGAUCAACACUACGGUUCUCCGGACGGAUCGAAACCCACAAUGGCGCCACCAACGUGUACGCCACUGGAGCUGGGACUACGGUCACCCUGGACGCACCUCGAUUGUAUGGCAGCGGCCCAGGAGCCAUUGGUCUUCUUGCUAUCCGGGGUGCCAGUCUCGAUGUUACCAAUCUCCGCCAUUGUUCGGGUGGCUACCGAUCACCUACCCUCGCGGGUCUCAAUAUCAAUAGUCGUGGGGGCAUCGCCCACACUACCAACCCGGGGUCGCCAUUGAUCUACUCUCUAGGGCGGACCAUGUCAUCCAAUCUGACCGGCUGGGCCGAUGCAUCCCCCGCCAUAAUCAUGGAGGGGCCUCAGUAUGUACAUCUGAACGAUUCUACCAUCAUUUCGGGAACCAUCGGCGGGUUCUUGUUCUUCGAUUGGUCUAUCACGGCACAGCGUGGUACCGGCACGUUGGAGGCGACAUCCCUCAAUCUUACGGUUCGCGAGGGCCCAGCCUUUUACCUCGCAACGUUUUCCGCCGAGAUCAUCCUUAGGAAUGCAAGGAUAUACAAUCCUUCAGGAAUUCUGCUUCUGGCGGAUACGAACACGGCAUCCCGGGACCUCGAGAGGGUCGAGCCACAGCUUUGGAGCGGGAGCCCAAUCUCUUCCAACUCCUCUCUGACGCUGAUGGGCUCGGAUGGCAUUUCCGGAGAUAUUGUCACCCGGGGUGGCUGUACCGUCACAGUCCAGCUUUUGGCAAAUAGCACGUGGCAGGGAUCCGCAAAUGCAUCUCUCAUCAACAAUCGUGGGGGUUUGACGGUGCAGAUUGACGAGACGAGCAUUUGGACUGUUGCAAAGAACUCGUUCGUCCGAGGUCUGUCAGUCGUUGGCGGAGACCUUGGACGCGUCAAAGACCAGGGCUUCACAGUUGCGUAUGAUCAGAAAGCCCCGGAGAGCUCCUGGCUUCAGGGCCGGACCUACACUCUACAGAACGGAGGAAAGCUUCAGCCAUGGAAUUGAGUGUUUGGGGGACAUGAUUACAGAUAGAGAAUGCUUUGUGGCGGAACGAGUCAUGGUGAAGAGAGUGG